AAGAAGACCGUUCCUCGACGGUUGUGCCCUAACUUUCUCUCUCCUCUGUUUAGUUAAAGUUCAGUUUUUAGUUUCUACUCUUUUAACUCGCUUCCCUCUCUUGCAUUCAUCAAUCCCUCCCUCCCUCUCUCUCUCUCAAACUCCAAGUCUCUCUCUGUCUCUCUGUCUCUCCUUCCCUCAUCUUUCAGACAACACGGAGAGACAACGGCGGCUUUGUUUACCCUUCAUACAUUCUACACACAUCAUAAACCAGCGCACCGUAAAAUCAAAACCAUAUAGAAAAGAAAAAGAAAAACCUAACCCUAAUCUUAAAAGCUUAGAAUCAUGGUAGCCGGCAAGGUAAGGCUGGCAAUGGGUUUGCAAAAAUCACCGGCAAACAAAACCGAAAAUCGUAAUAAUUCGCCACCACCAAAACCUCCGCUUCCCUCUCCUAGUUCCGGUAAAGCCUCUUCUCAAAAGGGGGGUUUUUCUCGCUCUUUCGGUGUUUACUUCCCUCGCUCCUCCGCCCAAGUCCAGCCUCGUCCGCCCGACGUAACAGAGGUUUUAAAACUCGUUGAAGAGCUUCGCGAACGUGAAUCUCUCUUAAAGACUGAACUUCUUGAGUAUAAGCUCUUAAAAGAGAGUGUUGCUAUAAUUCCUGUUUUGGAAACUGAGAUUACUAAUAAGAUUCUGGAGAUUGAGAAGGCAGUGAAGAAGAUAGAAUCUCUAGAGCUUGAAAACGAGUGCUUAAAAGCGGACUUGAGUGAAGUGAGAGGGAGAUUUGAAGAGGAGAGAAAAGAGGGUGAAAGGAAAGUUAAGGAGCUAGAAGCGGAAAUUCAGGAGUUGAAGAAAGCGAUGUCGGAUCGUGAGAAUGAAAUAGAGUUUUCUUCUUCCCAGAGGUUUCAAGGGUUAAUGGAGGUCACGACCAAGUCUAAUUUGAUAAGAAGCUUGAAGAAAGGAGUCAAGUUUACAGACAUUGUGAGUUCAUCGAGUCAGAUUCAAAAUGUCGAUCAUCAUUCAAAGAGAAUGGAAGAGAAUGUGGAAAUCGAGAAGCCGAGGCAUUCCAGGUGUAACUCGGAGGAACUCACUGAGUCGACUCUGGCCAACCUCAGAUCUCGAGUUCCAAGGGUUCCUAAACCUCCACCAAAACGAUCGCUGUCAUCGCCGGCAACAUCGUCGCCAUCAGUUUCACCCACCGGUUCUGACCAAUCGGUUUCAGGGCCACCUGUUCCUCCCCCGCCGCCGCCACCUAACCCACCUCCGGUGGCUAAGAAGGUCGCUCCGCCUCCACCUCCACCGCCUCCGAAGGGGAGGAGAGUAGGGGCGGAGAAAGUGAGGAGAGUGCCGGAGGUAGUGGAGUUUUAUCACUCGUUAAUGCGGAAGAAUUCAAGGCGGGAGUGCGGUGGAGGAAUGGCGGAGACUUUACCGGCAUCGGCUAAUGCCCGUGAUAUGAUAGGGGAGAUAGAGAAUAGGUCGACUCACUUGUUAGCUAUAAAAACAGACGUGGAAAUACAAGGAGAUUUUAUUAGGUUUUUGAUAAAAGAAGUAGAGAAUGCUGCAUUUACAGGUAUUGAAGAUGUGGUCCCUUUUGUUAAAUGGCUGGACGAUGAGCUAUCUUAUCUGGUUGAUGAAAGAGCAGUGCUUAAACACUUCGAUUGGCCAGAGCAGAAGGCAGAUGCAUUGCGCGAGGCUGCCUUUGGGUACUGUGAUCUCAAGAAGGUAGAAUCGGAAGCCUUGUUAUUUCGAGACGAUCCCCGCCAGCCAUGCGGCCCUGCUCUCAAGAAAAUGCAGGCUUUGCUUGAAAAAUUAGAGCGAGGUGUUUACAAUCUAUCGAAAAUGAGGGAAUCGGCAACCAUGAGAUACAAAGGAUUUCAGAUUCCAACGGAUUGGAUGCUCGAAACAGGAAUAGUAAGUCAGAUGAAGUUGGCAUCUGUGAAAUUAGCAAUGAAGUACAUGAAGAGGGUAUCUGCAGAGCUUGAAACUGGUGGUGGUGGGGGGCCUGAAGAAGAGGAGCUGAUAGUCCAGGGAGUCCGAUAUGCUUUCCGGGUACAUCAGUUUGCUGGAGGUUUCGAUGUGGAAACAAUGAGGGCUUUCCAAGAGUUGAGAGAGAAAGCCGGAUCAUGUCAUGUACAAUGUCAAAACCAGCAGCAACAAAAACUUGUAUGCAGGUCGUCUACACCUUGCUAAUCUGUAGCAAACUCAGCUUCAGAAUUGCUGCCUGCCUUUUGCUGUAAAGAUGUAUAACACCAUGUUUCUCAGUACCAUGACCGUGGCGAUCUUGGAAUCAAAUAUUUUUGAAUGAUUCAUUACUUCAAUCUAUUAUUUUAUUCGUGUC